CGUGUAUAAUGUACAGUGGAAGAUAUGUGACCAUAUCACAUUACAUUGCCAUUGACACUACAAUCUGAGGGCGCAAACUAGGCUACGUCCAAACCAGUGUCAAUAUCAAGAUUUCGGAUGUCGAUCUCCUAAUUUUUCACCUUUGACCCACUGAAUGGAAUGGCCGAUGAUAAAGACGACGGCCUUAGUGACUUGUUAGACGUGAGCAAAAUGUCCGCACAAGGAGCCGUCUGGUAUCAGAGGGAAAUAACACUUAAGGCACAAAAAAGAGGCUGUCAUGUAAUAACUCAGGAGAUUCAGAAUAUUCCAGAACUUGCCAAAAUCAGAGUCGGGCUAGCACAUAUUUUGAUCAAGCAUACUUCAGCCAGUUUGGCUUUGAAUGAGUCAUGGGACCCAGAUGUCAGGGUGGACUCAGAAAUGAUGCUGAACAGACUUGUCCCAGAAAAUGCACCAUACAUUCACACCAUAGAAGGCAAAGAUGACAUGCCAGCUCAUUUCAAGGCCUGUCUCAUGGGCAGUAGUCUAACCCUACCUAUUACUAAUGGUAAACUGAACAUAGGACAGUGGCAAGGUGUGUGGCUGUGUGAACACAGGAACCAUGGAGGAUCUCGCCACCUGGUGAUCACUGUCCAGGGAGCACCAAUGAGCUGAGGGACCACCAAGGAGAAUUUUGUCUCACAGUGAACUUUUUUAAUCUAAGUGAAAACAAAAUCUUUCUUGUCAUUAGCCAGCUGCCAUGAAUUAUAUUUAUGUAUUUAUUAUAUUGUAUGAUAAUAUUUGAUUGUAUUUCUUUUUAAUCUGGUCUUAUCUUUAAUUGUCUUAUGCAAAACAUCAUUCAAUAGAAAGAAAAAAGAUAAAUAAUGCAUAUAUAAAGAGAAUCAUUCUUUUGUCAGAUGCACAUUUUUAAGUAGCAGUGUAGGAGCAGCUUCAUAGUAAUAGGAGCAAUAUAUAUAUAAAUAUAUAUACAGACAUAAAAAAAUAUAGAAAAAAUAAACUGAUUUUUUAGCGAUAGGACUUAGUUCACCAUAAUUUCACAUAUUUAAACACCAAUGAAAGAAAAGAAAAUUGGGUGUUAUGUAGAGAAAGGUUACAGCUGAUUUAUAAUUAUGAUGAAAAAUGUACAAUGUGUUCAGGUACAUAUUUUCAAGUGAAUGAAAGAUAGCUGUUUAUAAUAGUCACAGGUAUGUGAAUUGCUAGUGUUUUUGUUUCGCAGUUCUCUUGAAUUAUUAGAUUUUUUCCUGAUUUUUUAAAAAUAUAUUUGUCAUAGAAAAAGUUAUACAGAGAAACCUUUCACAAAUCCCUUAACACCACAAAAAAUAUUAUACUUGCAAGUGAUGGGUAAAUUUUCUAUUUAAUAUUAUAUAUUUGCAGUCAGCGAUGUUAAUAUCUGGUCCUACGCCAGUAAAAGUUUUUUUCAGAAUAUGUGAAUUUAGUGGUCCAGCAUGGCCAUGAGAUAAUUUCAGUAAGUUUUCAAAAAAGCUCUCCAUUUGAUUUUUCUGAAACGUAACUGUUACGUGGUGAUUCUAAAUUAAAAAUAAAAACUUUCGACAAAAACAAGGUCUUUUAAUUACUUAUAUUAAUGCGAUAGGGGGAAAAGAUACAGUUGAAAUUUCCAUUCGGACCAGUGAAUGUUGGUUUUUACCGGUAGAUUUUAUAAAAGUGGUGGUCCGAGUAGCCAGUAUACUGAAAAGUUUCUGCCACAGCCUGAUAUUUUUCCUUAUACGAAUGGGUGUGUGAAAGGGAUCUCUGUAUAUGCUUGUGAAGUAAAUGUCUUGUAAGAUAUUUCUCAAUUUGACGAAGUAAUAAAACAAGCCUUAUUUAAGGGCUGUAUGGUCUACGAAUCCUAAUAAAAAGAAGAAAUUGUUGCGUUUUUUGUCUACAGUGUUGUGCA